AUGAUUGUGAUGACUGCGGCCAAUGAGGAACCACUUGGUCCAGCUCCUCAAUUCGACGUCGGGUUUUCGGAUUCUAUAAUCUUGAUAGUAUCAAUAAUAGGUUCCGUGAUUCUUGCCGUUACCGUUCAUUCAAUUGUCCUUACCAAACUAAAAUCGGCUGAAGAAAUAGAGGAUGAAGAGUUGACUUAUGAAGAUCAGCUUGUAAAUGCUGAUGUUUCGACGCUCAACCGAGCUCAGAGACGUGCUCGAGCUCGAGCGAUUAUGAAACAACAAAGAAGAAUAGCCCCGACAGGAACACCUACUGAUGACGAAAACAAUAGGAUAGAAGAUGAAAAUCCAAUCGAACCAAGCACAGCGCCUCAGCUCUCUCGAAAGGACAGACAAAAGGCUGCUAAGGCAGCAGAAAAGGAAGAGAGGAAGAUUCUCGAGGAUGAUCGCAGACAGCAACAAGAAGAAUCUCAAAAGAUCGCGCAGAGGGAAAAGCAAAAACGUCAGAAGAAAAUGAUGCAACAAGCAGAAGCAGAACGCAAAGCAAGACAGGAGCAGCGAAUAGCGGAUGAAAUGACCUCCUAUAAAGAAUGGAAAACAUUUCUUGGUACUCUGGAUGGUAAAGAAUCGCUUACAGUCAAGGAAUGGAUCCAAGAGUUGCGAUCCGAUAGAUAUGUUGACAUCGACAGCUUGGCAAAACGAUUUCAGGUGGACGAGGAAACUGUAAUCCAAAGAAUCCAAGAGCUGAUAAAUGAAUCACGGAUAGCUGGCAUUCACCAUGGCAAUCGUUUUAUUUUUUUGUCAAUGGAUGAAAUGGCACAGUUUGCAGAGAUUGUCAAAUCUCGGGAGAAGACGUCAGUGCAAGACUUGAGGGAGAUUGUGAAUACAAUAAUUGGAGACUAA